CGCAAAAACUCAGGUGCUAGCGAACGGGGCUGGGGAUGGCCAGCCAGUUUGCGCUGGGCCGGACCCUGAGGGCGGUCAGGUGGAACUGGGCGGAGGCUGCCGUCCUGGGGCCCGCGGGGCCAGGGCGGGCCGGCCGGCGGGGCAUUUAAAACCCGCUGACAGCCGGUCGGGAACACGCGCCCGGCUCUGUGCCCUCCUCCGUCGACUCAGCUUCGGGUACCGGUCGGGCAGGAUGCGGUCUUCCCUGGCACCGGGUGUCUGGUUCCUCCGCACCUUCUCCCGGGACAGCUGGUUCCGAGGCUUCGUUCUGCUGCUGACCUUCCUCAUCUAUACCUGUUACCACAUGUCCAGGAAGCCCAUCAGUGUGGUCAAGAGCCGGCUGCACCAGAACUGCACGGAGCUGAUCAAACCCAUCAAUGACAGCCACAGUCUCAAUGACACCACGUGGUGCAGCUGGGCCCCAUUUGACAAGGACAACUACAAGGAGUUAUUGGGGGCCGUGGACAAUGCCUUCCUGGUGGCGUACGCCAUUGGCAUGUUCAUCAGUGGGAUGUUUGGGGAGCGGCUCCCCCUCCGCUAUUACCUCUCGGCAGGAAUGCUGCUCAGCGGCCUCUUCACCUCCCUCUUUGGUUUGGGAUAUUUCUGGAACAUCCACAUGCUCUGGUACUUUGUGCUCAUCCAGAUCUGCAAUGGACUCGUCCAGACCACAGGCUGGCCCUCCGUGGUGGCUUGCGUUGGCAACUGGUUCGGGAAGGGAAAACGAGGCCUCAUCAUGGGCGUGUGGAAUUCCCACACGUCUGUGGGCAACAUCCUGGGCUCCCUGAUCGCCGGCAUCUGGGUGAAUGACCAGUGGGGCCUGUCGUUCAUUGUGCCUGGCGUCAUCACUGCUGCCGUUGGUGUUAUCACCUUCCUCUUCCUCAUCGAAUACCCUGAAGAUGUGGACUGCAGCCCUCCCCAGCACCAUGGUGGGCCAGACGAGGACCAGGAUAACCUUGAAGACCCUGGGAAUGGCCUCUACUCUAAUAGGGAGAGUGGCCUUAACACUGCAACCAGAUGUUCCAAGGAGCCCUGUGAGGAGCCUUCUGCCAUCAGCUUCCUUGGGGCACUCCGGAUCCCGGGUGUGAUCGAGUUCUCUUUGUGUCUGCUUUUUGCCAAGCUGGUCAGUUACACCUUCCUCUACUGGCUACCUCUGUACAUCUUCAAUGUGGCUCACUUUAGUGCCAAGGAGGCUGGAGACCUAUCUACACUCUUUGACGUUGGUGGCAUCAUAGGCGGCAUCGUGGCAGGGCUCAUAUCUGACCACACCAACGGCAGGGCCACCACAUGCUGCAUCAUGCUGAUCUUGGCUGCCCCCAUGAUGUUCCUGUACAACUACAUUGGCCAGAAUGGGAUCACCAGCUCCAUAGUGAUGCUGAUCAUCUGUGGGGCCCUGGUCAAUGGCCCUUAUGCACUCAUCACCACUGCUGUUUCCGCUGACCUGGGUACUCACAAGAGUCUGCAAGGCAAUGCCAAGGCCCUGUCCACUGUCACAGCCAUCAUCGACGGUACCGGUUCCAUAGGUGCUGCUCUGGGGCCUCUGCUGGCUGGGCUCAUCUCUCCCACGGGCUGGAACAACGUCUUCUACAUGCUUAUCUCUGCCGACAUCCUGGCCUGCCUGUUCCUCUGCCGGUUGGUGUACAAAGAGGUCCUGGCCUGGAAGGCAUCCCUGACCAGGAACAGAGGGUAUAAAGAAAUAUGAGGCUCCCACUGGAAGAGAAACAUGGAGGGUCCUGGCUGGGUCCCCAACAUGCUCCCCUUAGGCAAAAUAAGACAAUGGAAACUUCCACAGAUGGGGGAGGCAAAGCCAGCCCAGCCCAACCAGAGGGCUGCUGAGGGUACAGGAGAUUGUCCAUGGGAAGGGGACUGCUAAGCAGGAGGAAAUGGAAGACUCAAGAGCCUGAGUUCUGGAAGCUGCAAGCAGAAUGCAGGGGACCAGAGCUGAGUGGUGUCUCUAUAUCAAUAAGGGAAGCUAAGUUAAGCUCAGACUCUUGCUUGCUUAUUGAGAUUCAAAGACAAAAGCUCUAACAGGGCCAAGGCCUGGAAAAUGUGCAUCUCUCCUUCUCAUGGUAAAUUUUAAUCUCUGUAAUCAGCCUUUACCUAUAGGUGGGCACCAUUUCAAAGGUGCUCAGCCUGCCUUUGUCCCUUUGUCCAAGAAGUAGUCUUCUUCUUCUCUGUGUAUUUCCCUAAGUUGGACCCUCUUCUCCCCUCCACUUGAUCCUGUGCGUAACUCCAUUACCCGCUCUGCGCCGAGCACCACGGCUGUCCUUUCUGGGCCAGGACUAGGCUGAGACAAGGGACCUGCCUUGGCACAGAGCGCAACGGGCACUCAUUCUUGGGCACACGCUGGCCCUGAGAGUGGAGUGCUGCCCUUGCCUCACUCCAGUCCCAGUCCCUGUCCCUGGUGUCCUCAGUGGAAGAAGACGUCGGGGCUAAGUGCUGUGGGGACAGUAGAAAGAUGGACUGGGCAUGAGUAAAAAUGCCAGUGUGUGUAUUCAGUGUUUUGAGAAUGAAAUGCCUGUAGCACACCAGCUCUACUCUAGGAAUGAAGUGGACAAUGGACAGAAAAGCAUAUGUGCCCUGGUGCCAGGGUGCCAGGAGACAAGAGUAGGAGAAAAUGAGGGCACUGCCUGGUUUGUUCUGGCAGCUGCUGACUGAGAGUUGUUCGGUGCCAUGUGAAGCCCCCUUCUCCCCAGUGUUCCCGACACAUGCCUCCUUUCCCCCCAAACCUUGCUGACUGUUGGCAUCUCCGUCUGACCCUACAGCCGCCCAUUGGCACCAAUACAGAUUGCCGAUUGCCUUUUCCCAA